AUGAGCAAAAAGAGUCGCUCAAAAACCCAGAAGGUUCUGUGGGGACAAGGUUCUGUAAGGACCAUCCCACCUUUGUUACAAGAACCAGAGACCGUCCUAUCUUCAAAACAGAACCAGAGACCGUCCUAUCUUCAAAACAGAACCAGAGAUCAUACAAUCUUUAAUACAAGAACCAGAGACCUUCCCACCUUUGAUAGAAGAACCAGAGACCGUCCUAUCUUCAAUACAAGAACCAGAGACCGUCCCACCUUUGUUACAAGGACCAGAGACCGUCUUACCUUUGAUAGAACCAGAGACUGUCCUACCUUUAACACAAGAACCAGAGACCGUCCUAUCUUCAAAACAGAACCAGAGGUCAUACAAUCUUUAACACAAGAACCAGAGACCGUCCCACCUUUGAUAGAAGAACCAGAGACCGUCCCACCUUUGAUAGAAGAACCAGAGACCGUCCCACCUUUGACAGAAGAACCAGAGACUGUCCCACCUUUGAUAGAAGAACCAGAGACAGUCCCACCUUUGACAGAAGAACCAGAGACUGUCCCACCUUUGAUAGAAGAACCAGAGACCGUCCCACCUUUGACAGAAGAACCAGAGACUGUCCCACCUUUGACAGAAGAACCAGAGACCGUCCCACCUUUGACAGAAGAACCAGAGACCGUCCCACCUUUGACAGAAGAACCAGAGACCGUCCCACCUUUGACAGAAGAACCAGAGACCGUCCCACCUUUGACAGAAGAACCAGAGACCGUCCCACCUUUGACAGAAGAACCAGAGACCGUACCACCUUUGACAGAAGAACCAGAGACCAUCCCACCUUUGAAAAAACCAGAGACAGUCCCACCUUUGAUAGAAUCAGAGACUGUCCCACCUUUGACAGAAGAACCAGAGACCGUCCCACCUUUGAUAGAAGAACCAGAGACUGUCCCACCUUCGAGACUCAAACCAUCCACCUCAAGUCAAAGCUGGGCUCUGUCACUUAUAAGUUCCGUCUGAAUUGUGGUAAAAUUUUCAAAAUAAAAGCUUUAAUUCAGCUGUUUCAACUGGAGCUGCAACAAAAAACUCAACCUUAGAUGAUUCGAUAUUUAACAAAUAUUUAAUGUUUUGUUCUUCAGUAUUAUUUUGUCAAACAGACAUUUAGCAGUCUUCAUUUUUCUGCAGAACACAGAGAACCGUCUUCUAGACUGAGAUCCUGGACCUCCUGAGUCCUAAAACGGGUCGAGACACGUUCAGUUUUCCACCUUCACGUUGCAUCGCUGCGUGUU